GGACACCCUCCACUAUUGCGCCGCUAUGAAGCGCAAAGUGGGCGCCCUCGAGAAGGUCGACGCAGACCUCACCAAUCUCCAAUACAAGGCGCGCCGUGAUCCACCUUCCUACGAAGAAGACUUCCGGCGGCAGUACUCCCAGUAUGAAGCGCUGCGCGAUCUGCUGCUCACAAAUCCCUCCUCUUCCGCCGACACCGGCGUUGUCCGCUUCACAGAACUGGUAGACUUCAUAGCGCAUUUGGCCGAGUCGUAUCCAAACAUUACCGCCAAGUUCCCCGACGACUUGAUCCACAUCCUCUCCUACCACGCCGAACUGGAAAGCGAUCUAAGAGAUAAGAUUGUCUCCGCUUUGGUGCUUCUUCGCAACAAUCAUGUCAUAGACUCUUCGACGCUUCUAAACACCCUCAUCCCGAUCCUCGUCGUGACUCCGAGCAAGUCCCUCCGCGCGCUGCUUUUCCAGAAGAUCGUUUCAGACUUGCGCUCCGCGAAUUCGAAGGCGACCCAGCACCGGCUAAACCGAACUAUACAGACAGUCUUAUUCAACCUCUUGACUUCGGACCGAGAAACCACGAAGGGGCUAUGGAGUGUCAAGAUCACACGAGAGAUGUGGAAGCGGCAGAUAUGGACAGACGCCAAGGCAGUGGACAUCAUGAAGGAAGCAUGCUUGUCCGACAACGAAAAGGUCAUAACAGGCGGCGUCCGAUUCUUCCUGGGCGGAGACAGGGAGCGCGAGGAGGCGGCCGACGAGAGUAGCGACGAAGAAGGCGUCGACCUGAACAAACUCCGCCACCAAGCCGGCAUCAACAAGAAGGGUAAGAAGGAGCGCGAGCUGAAGCGGGCGGCGGCCACGGUAAAACGAAAGGAAAGGAAGAAGAAUGCGCCACAUCCGCUCAACUUCUCGGCCCUUCAUCUCCUCCACGAUCCGCAAGGCUUUGCCGAGACUCUCUUCAGCAGACACGUCCAGAACUCGAAAUCCAAGCUCUCUCUCAACGCUAAACUCGCCAUCUUGAAUCUCGUUUCCAGGCUCGUGGGACUCCACAAGCUGACAGUCAUGUCCUUGUACUCCUACCUCCUAAAGUAUCUCACCCCCCGGCAGGCCUCAGUCACGUCGUUCCUCGCCAUAUUAGCGCAAGCAACGCACGACCUGGUGCCGCCAGAUGUCCUCGAGCCGCUCAUCCAGAAGAUCGCGAACGAAUUCGUGUCAGAAGCAUCAGCAAGCGAGGUUGCGGCAGCGGGGCUGAACGCUAUCCGAGAGAUCUGCUCUCGGCAACCUCUAGCCAUGAACGACGUCCUCUUGCAAGACCUAGUGCAGUACCGGAAGUCGAAGGACAAGGGUGUGCAGAUGGCAGCUCGGGGCUUGCUGAGUCUCUACCGCGAAGUAGGGGCUGAACUCUUGAAGAAGCGCGACCGGGGCAAGGAUGCCACAAUCUCGCUCCGGGCCGGCGAAAUGAAAGAGCGGCGAUACGGCGAAGCAGCGAUUGGCCAAAUCGAAGGAAUCGACUUGCUCGAGAAAUGGAAGGAAGAGGAGCGGCGGAAGAAGCGCGAGGCCGCUGGCCUACCGCCCGAUGCCGCCAUAGACGAGGAGGAACAUGCAGCGGACGACUGGAAGAACUGGGAAGUUGGAUCUGACGAUGACAGCGACUCGUCUGGAGGCUGGAUAGACGUCGAGCAAGACGGCGACGACAUCAACAUCAGCGACAGCGAAGACGGCAAAGAACCUCCCCCCAAGAAAGCCAAACUGAGCAGCGAGACGCCCGGCCCCACAGACGACGCGGAGAAGGAAAACAAAGAAGCAGAAGCGAAGAAGAUCUCAAAGCUCCUCACCUCCACCAUCCUCACCCCCGCCGACCUCAAGCAACUCAAAGCCCUCCAAGAGUCGUCCGCCAUCCGCUCCCAAAUGCCGUCCAGCAAGCGCGCCGCGCUCCUCGCCGCCCGCCACACCGACGACGCCAUCACGGCCGAGACCAUCGAAGCCGCCGGCCUGCUCUCCAAGAAGACCUCCAAGGAGGAGAAGAUCGCCAUGGCGAAGGCGGACCGCGACGACAAGCACCAGAGCACGACGGCGAAGCGGAAAGAGAAGAAGAUGAGCGAGGGCAAGAGCACGACUAACAAGGAGAAGGCGAGGAAGAAGAACUUUUUGAUGACGCUGGGCAAGGCCAAGGGGAAGAAUAAGAGGAGCUUGGUGGAUGUGAGGAAGAGUUUGAGGGGCCAUGUCGAGCGGCAGAAGAAAGGCGGGAGGAGGGGGAAUAGGGGGUGAGUAUGUGGGAGGAGAUGGUGGAGGAGGGACGGUAAACUGGGAAAAAUGAAGUGUGAGCUUGAUACCCGAAUAUAAGAAACUCUUGCUUUCGAG